AUGAGUCAAGUAUGGACCAGCAAUGAUACUGAGUAUAGAGUUAGCAGUAAGGAACUACCUCCAAAGUCUGUAAGUUGGAAAAAUGACGCUGCCAACGCUUUCACCUUGGUUAAGGUUUCCCACCAGCAGCCUAACUUUCAUCUUCUUUACGAUACCACCUGCACCGUUAAACAAGUUUCUUCCUCUUCAAAGAUGCGGCUGCACUACGACGAGAGCCAUGAAAGGCUAGUCAUAAAACUGGCUAGCAUCGUCCAUGAUAUGGCGUUUACAGAGUUUCGAGCUAUGCUCGAGGAACAUUGCCGAAAUGUGGGAAUCUCGCGUUAUGAUCUAAAAUCAAUGGGGAGUGGACGACAGCUGGGAAUCACUAGAGCCAAGGAACCGGAUGAGAGCUACAAGCCUAGCAAUAGGACCAGCGUAACUGACAAACCUUCAUUCGUCGUGGAAGUUGGUCUAAGCGAGACCAUAAAGGAGUUAAGAACUGACGCCCAUUUCUGGCUGACCCAGACGAAUGGGAAAACUCGUCUUGUGUUGCUUAUCCACGUCAAGCGCAACGACAAAACUCUCCAGCUUGAACGUUGGGAGAUGAGGCCUAAUCCAUUUCCAAUUCGUGGACAGAACGCUCUUCGUCCUACCUGCGUCCAGUCCUUAACUCUCACCUUGCAGGGUGUAACCGAUGCCCCAUUAAUCCUCCCGGUGGAUUUGAUGUUCGACGUUGUUCCGCCCAACGUUGCAGCGACAGAACUGCAGUUCAGUGUCCAGGAGCUGCAGACCUUUUAUAUCUCUAUAGUCUCAAAAUCCAUUGCCAGGAGAAUCUCAUUGACUUGUCAUGGUGAGCCUGUCCAGUAUGAACAGCUUUUCGAAUAUACAAAUGGGCGAUUUCUUGUCAACGAAGUACGUGAAACAGCAAAGCGCUACGCCAGGUUUGAUGUCGAUGCUCUUUGCACACUGGUUUCGUCCCUGCCUUCGGUUUCUUCGCCAAUAUCUAAGAUUGAUAAAAUGGAGGGCGGUUUCAACAAAGCUUUAUUGAUGACUGCGGAGAAUGGGAAGAGGUCAUUGCAAAGAUACCGUGUCCUAAACUUGUACCACCAAAUGAAGUGCUACACGUCUGUUCCGGUCUCCAAAGUCCUUGCGUGGAGUGCUGAUGCUUCAAACCCUGUGGGUUCCGAAUACAUUGUCAUGGAGAAAUCUCCAGGCAGACAAUUAAUAGAAGUGUGGGGCGAGAUGGAUCAGUUGAGUCGGUUCAAACUGAUUCAGAAUCUGGCGCGGCUGGAAAGUGAUCUGGCUUCGAUAAAGCUUCCCGGUUACCGGAACCUGCAACCGUGGAUGAUGUGUAUUGCAUUGGUCCGGCGUAUCAUGACUCGUGGUUUCCGCAAUUUGGAGAUGAGAACCAUGCUGGUCCAUCGAGCUUUCGCAGGGACUGACGUUGGCCUCUCCUUGGCCAACCGAGGAGUUUGGCAUAUCCAAAAUUCUAAACCUGCUAUUGCCUGUGGCCCACACUACGGCUCUAAAGAUGACCAUCUCCAGGCAUUGGGAACUGCUAUGAAAGUUAUGCCGAUAGUGGCAGCACAUCCUGCUCUACAACGCCUUUCUAAGCCAACGCUCUGUCAUGCUGACCUUCACCUCGGUAAUAUAUUCGUCUCCGAGCAAGACCCGACGAUGAUUGUCGGUAUAAUAGACUGGCAGUUCUCCUUAAUCAUGCCUGCUUUCACGCAAGUUCAGUGGCCGACGUUUCUUAACCCACCUGAGAACUAUCAGGAGGGUAUGGUCAAACCAGAGUUGCCUGCAAACUUCGACGAAAUGGACUCUGAUGAGAAGGCGUUCGCCAUAUCGGAGAGAAACCAAGCAAUGCUGGCAAAAUGUUAUGAAGCGGCACUUACUAGGCAUCAUCUCGAGUCGUACCUGGCCUUGACUCGGGUCGACCCUAGCAUCAGUCACCUGUUUUCAUCUUCUGAGAAAACAUACAAGGAUGGUGUAAUACCUCUCCGCGACUCCCUGGUUCAGAUUUCUGAAAACUGGCACCAAAUGGGCCUUCCUCAAUCGUGUCCUUACCUGGUUACGUGCGAGGAUUUAUCAAAACACAGGCAGGAGCUUCAUCGGUAUAGAGAUUGGCACAAGCUAUGGGGAUAUACUCAGGAACUGUUACACACGGAUAAAGACGGCUGGGUACCACCGCAGCUCGACUUUGACAAAGUUAAGGCAAAACACGAUGAGUUAUUUCAACUUUACAUACAGAAGGAAGCAGCAGAAACAUCAGAAGAUGAGGUAAAGAGUCUUUGGUUUUAUGUUGAUAGAGAUUGA